AUGGGGAAUUUAGUUGACGUUGUCAAAGCAGCAUGCGAUGAUUCCCAAAUUGCAAAGAAUGUGAGCUGUGGCCGGAUGAAGUGCACUUCCAUCGUAAAAAAUGUUCUUGGAGAGCAGAGUCGCCAAGACAUCUGUGAACUCUUGCGCAGACAGAAGUUCUCUCUGCUUGUCGACGAAUCUACUGACAAGGGAACAGUGAAGCAUCUGUCCCUUGUCACCCGAGUGAUGAAUGCCAACGGCGACGUAGUGGAUGCGUUUCUUGACUUGGUACCAGUCAGCGACGGAACCGCCCAGUCUCUCUUCAGCAGUCUGAAGGCAGUCUUUACUAGCACAGAAAUUCCAUACGAAAGAAACUUGAUCGGUUUCGCGGCGGACGGAGCAAACGUGAUGAUGGGUGCUCGUCAUUCCGUCGCAUCGAUGCUGCAAGCACAAAUUCCAGGAAUUUUCAUUCUGAAAUGCAUUUGCCAUUCCUUCCAUCUCUGUGCCUCCUACGCGUGCAAAACACUACCGAGAGGAGUGGAGGAUCUGGCCCGCGAUGUGUACAACUACUUUUUGUCUCCCAAGCAGACGUCUGCAUACCAGGAGGCCCAAGGCUCGCAGAGGUGA